AGAUGUUUUUGCGUUGCUUAGCGACUUGACGUAACCACAGAGAACCUGCAGCAAUAAGUUUGAUUCCUGCUCGGCUCUGACUGUAAAGUAGUAUAUUUUGUUUUCACCGUCCUCUCCAGUUUGUUCACCAUAAAAACAGGUGAAGACUCCACUCAAAAUGACUACGGUCGGCCCUCAGUCUCAUUUCAUGUUUGGUCUCCGAACAGGAGUGUCGAACAACGUGUGUUUCUCCGACGAACAAACUCUGGUUUUUCCCGCGGGGAAUAAUUGUGUUUGUUACAACACUGUCCAAAGAUGUCAGCGGUUUAUUCCAGGUUCAGAGAGAAGUCUGGGAAUGCAUGCAUUGGCAAUUAGUGCAAACCGGCGCUACCUGGCGGUUUCGGAGCGCGUUGACAAGGCCACCAUAACAGUGUUUGACCUGCAGCACGAGCAGGGCAGGAAGAGAAAAGUUGUGACUGCAGGGGAAAUCCCCGUUGAAAGGUUUGUGUGCAUGGCCUUUUCUUCUGACUCCAAGUAUCUAAUUGGCCAAGCAGCAGAUCCAGAAUGGACGUUGGUCCUUUGGCUUUGGGAAAAGCAAAAAAUCCUGGCGUCUGUGAAAACCAGUACUUCUAACAACCCUGUCUCCCAGGUCAGCUUCAACCCUUACAACAACAUGCAGCUGUGUGUGAGUGGAGCUGGGAUGUUUAAGCUGUUUCACUAUGCAGAGGGAACGCUGAAACAGAGCAGCUUCCCAAAGGUGGAGACCAUCAACUUUCUGUGUCAUACGUGGAUGACGGCAGAGCGUUUGAUUGCAGGGACGGACACUGGCAGGCUGCUGGUGUUUGAAUGUGGAGAGCUGCGCCGAGAGAUCAAAACAUCCCCGACGUCUGAGCACGAGCAGACCGACAGGCAGGUGGGAACCAGGAUGAUUAAAAACACUCCUGUAGAAGAAGCCUCAACUGUCUGUCGCAUCACUGCCAUACUGUCCUACUCCAAAGGGUUCGUGUGUUCAAUGGGCCCGGGCUCUGUGUGUCUUUUUGAGAAGACGGAAGAAAACAGUUACAGGAGGAUCAGGGAAAUUAAGAUUCCUCUGGACCCACUCAGUGACGACGGCUCUUCAGCUGUCACUCAGGAGGUUUACUCCAUGUGUCUCAGUCCUGCAGAGGAGACCCUGGUGGUCAACACAGACAGGAGACAGUUGUACAGCAUCAGCCUGUCGGCCGUAGACGUCGCCAAGGAAGAGCAACUACAUUUUGAGUUUUUAUCCCAGCCCUUUCACUCCAAGUCCAUCACGGGAUUAUCCACUUGUCUUUGGAAGCCUCUGGCAGCCACCAGCUCCCUGGACUGCUCCAUUCGCAUCUGGAACUAUGAGACAAAACUGUUGGAGCUCUACAAGGAGUUCCAGGAAGAGGCCUACAGUGUGUCCCUUCACCCCACUGGUCUCUUUGUCCUGGUGGGCUUCGCAGACAAACUCAGACUGAUGAAUCUGGUCCUUGACGACAUCCGCACAUUUAAAGAGUUUAAUGUCCGUGGCUGCAGAGAGUGUGCGUUCAGUAACGGUGGACACAUGUUUGCUGCGGUCAAUGGAAAUAUCAUCCAGAUCUACUCUGUCAUGUCUUUCACCAACAUCCUCACUCUGAAGGGUCACAAUGGAAAGAUUAGUGCCAUCAAGUGGAGUGUGGACGACAGGCGCUUGGUGUCCUGCGGGAUGGAUGGUGCAGUGUACGAGUGGAACACACAGAGCGGGAAGCGUGAGUCAGAGAGCGUCCUCAAGUCCUGCAGCUACACGGACGUGGCUUUUUCUUCUGACUGUACGACCACCUUGGCCGUAGGAAGUGACCUCACACUGAAGGAAAUCCAAGAAUAUCAAGUUCUAAGGGAGGUUCCUGGUGAUGGUGUGGCUCAGACUGCCAUCGCUGUGUCUCACUCUGGAAGGGUCGUCUUCACCGGAACCUCCAGUGGAGCCAUCAGGGCCGUCAAAUACCCAUUACCCAUACAGAAGGACUGGACCACACACCAGGCUCACUGUGGCCCAGUUUCCAAGAUGGUGAUCACGUUUGAUGACCAGUUUCUGCUGACAGCAUCUGAAGAUGGCUGUCUGUUAAUCUGGAAGAUCAUUGACAAGGAGGGUCGAGGACUGAAGAACAGUCGACACGUUAUCCACACCAAAGAGAUCCUGGUCACAAAGUCAGACCUGGAGGAAAAGACACAGAACAUGUUGGAGCUGAAGAUGCAUCUGGAGGAGCUUCAAAUGGAGAACGAGUACCAGCUCCGUCUGAAGGACAUGAACUACAACGAAAAGAUCAGAGAGAUCACGGACAAUUUUACGCAGCAAAUUGAAGCUCUACAAACCACACAGCAGGUGUUGAAGACAGAGAUGGAAAAACAGAAGUGUGGACAUCAGGAGAGUUUUGCGGAGCUUGCUGGAAAACAUUCCAAAGAACUAGAGGACUUAGAGCUAUCAUAUAGUCAAAAGCUAAUCGUGGAGCACGAGAGGUUCCAGGAAAUUCAGCUGAAGUUGGAGAGGAUGCAGAAGAGCUACGAGAGUCAGCUCCAGUCUGCAGAGGACCACAGAGUCCAAGCCCUGGAGGACCUGACGCAGAGUUAUGAAGCCAAGGUGCAAGAGAAGACUCAGCUCCUGGCUCAGUGUCAGGAAGAUGCAAAACAGCAAAUUCUGGAGUACAAAGAGCUCAUCAGGCAGGUGGAAGAAGAUGAAGACAAGAUGAUCCAUAAAGUUGAAAUCAAGUAUGAGAUGAAGCUCCUCACAGAAAAAGAGACCAACACCAGUCUGAAGGGAGAAAGUACAAUUUUGGGCCAAAAGGUCCUUGGUCUACAGAAGCAGAUUGAUGACAAGUGUACGGACAUUAACAAGCUGAAACAGGAACGUCAGCGACUGUUGAAACUAAUCCGCUCCCUGGAGAGUGACAUUGACGAUCUGAAGAGACAGAUCGCUGGACAUGAAAAGACCAAUCAGGACAAGGACAAGACAAUCGCUAGCCUAAAGAAGAAGAAUCAGGAGCUGGAGAAGCUAAAGUUUGUUCUGGAUUUUCAUUGUACCGAGCUGAAGAAACAAAUUGAACCACAACAAGAUGAGAUCAAUGAAAAAAAGGAGAGAAUCCAUCAGUUGCAGGAGGAUUUGGUACAAAGUGAAAAAAGAGACUCUCAGCAGAAGCUUGCUAUGGCCGACUUGAGGCUCAAACUCCGGACCAGGGAUAGGGAGUUGCACAAACAGAUGCAGAAGGUGAAACAUUUAGAGACUCAUCUUCAGCGUUUCAAGUCAGACCUCCAUAACUGUGUCGGCCUCAUCCAACAGCCAAAAACACUCAAGGACAGUGUGCAGAGGAUGUAUGCAUACUAUGUAUCAGAGGCCAAACAGGUGGAGAACAACGUUGUAGAUGAGGAUGUCCAGAAAGCUUUCUAUUGCUAUCGCGAGCAUUUGGAAAAGACAGUCAGCAGUCUGAAGACAAGGCUGACCAAAUCUGCUGAGGAGCAUGAGAGAGCCUAUGUCAGAAUCAUGAAGGAAAAUGUCACCCUGAUCUCUGAAAUCAAUGAACUGCGGAAGGAACUACAUUUGGUGAGAAGCCAGGCCAAAGACUACAAAGCCCAGUUGCUCACAAACAAGAAGGCCAACAAGUCACGUCCCAACUCAGACCAAGGUCUCAAAAAGGAGUCAUGAUAUGAAACUGUCAAGUUGACUAAGUGUCCUUAAACUUCAGGAACUUUAAAGGCAUUAC